CCCAUGCGUCAUCGGUGCUGGGACGGGAGAGGGAAGCGCCGGUCUAAAGGACAUGGGGUCCAAAUCCCAAAUAAUCUCUAUUUGCUCUGCGUUACCUUUAAACUUUAGGCUGCAUUGUGUGAUUCAAGUGACAGCCUAGUACUGCUUAUCAAAAUUAGUCUAAUGGGAGACCAGGCCCUGAGAGACCUCUGCGAUCCCAGGACACUGAUGUGGGGUAACUAAUACCCACUGGAAGUCUACGCUGAGUUCACAGGCUAUAGACUCAGAGGUUCCAGUUGAGAUCAAGUUGGGAGACACACCCUUGUUCAUUCUCCUUGAGAAGCAGCCAUUAUCAACAGAACAUUGAUAGAACCUGUGUUUGGGGAAAGGCCUGAUGGCUUUGAGUCUAGGUUGGAAAGCACCCAGGAAUCGCUGUGGUCUCCUCUUGCAGGCUGUGCGAAGCAGUGGUCUUCUCUUGUUUCCCUGUGGCCGGUGUCCCUGGAGGGGAGCUGGAAGCUUUUUGGAUCCUGAGAUAAAGGCUUUCCUGGAGGAGAACACUGAAGUCACCAGCAGUGGUAGCCUCACCCCUGAAAUCCAGUUGCGGCUUUUGACCCCGAGAUGCAAAUUCUGGUGGGAGAGAGCUGACCUGUGGCCCUACAGUGAUCCUUACUGGGCAAUCUACUGGCCAGGAGGCCAAGCCCUGUCUAGGUAUCUUUUGGAUAAUCCUGAUGUUGUCAGAGGAAAAUCUGUAUUAGAUCUUGGGAGUGGUUGUGGAGCAACAGCUAUUGCUGCUAAGAUGAGCGGGGCAUCAAGGAUCUUGGCCAAUGACAUAGACCCUAUCGCAGGAAUGGCUAUUACACUAAAUUGUGAAUUGAACCGACUGAAUCCUUUUCCUAUUUUAAUCCAAAACAUUUUGAAUUUGGAACAAGAUAAGUGGGACCUUGUUGUUCUUGGCGAUAUGUUUUAUGAUGAAAACCUUGCAGACAGUCUUCAUCAGUGGCUGAAGAAGUGCUUCUGGACCUAUAGAACUCGAGUACUGAUUGGUGACCCUGGGCGGCCCCAGUUCAGUGGACACAGCAUUCAGCAUCACCUGCACAAAGUGGUAGAAUAUUCACUUUUGGAGCCUACUAGGCAGGAAAACAGUGGACUGACAACAAGCACAGUGUGGGAUUUUCAGCCUUGAGUUGUCUUAGUGCUUCCAAGUAUGAAUAUAGUAAUGUUUGGAUCUGACUCUAAAAGUUUUCUCUAUAGGAGAUACUCUCCAGUUUAAUGAAUGUAAUUCUUGUUAAAUGGCAAAUCUUGUUUUUAAAAUAUGAAGGUUUAGAGUUUUGCUUACUUUUGUCAUGUAACUGGUUCUGUAUUUCUAUGCAUGCCAAUUAUACACAUCUCUAUCUGCAUUUUUUUUCUAUUUUAACCACUGAAAAAAUAUGAUUAUACAAUGCCAUACUCACUGGUGGCAGCAUUUAAUUUAAGUAAUGCAGAGGAAUUAAACAUUGUAGCCGGAUCUGUUUCUGUAGUUGAGAAGAACUGUGAUAUAACUUUUAAUUAAACAAACAAAACAAAAUGUAGAAGAAUAUAUAUAUUUUUUCUUUUUUUAGAGACAGAGUCUCUGCUCUCAGGCUGGAAUGCAAUGGCUAUUCAGAGGCUUACACAUUGGGCACUGCAGCCUUGAACUCUGGGCUUUUUUUUUUUUUUUUUUUUGAGAUGGAGUCUCGCUCUGUUGCCCAGGCUGGAGUGCAGUGGCGCAUAUCUCGGCUCACUGUAGCCUCCGCCUCCCACAUUCAAGCGAUUGUCCUGUCUCAGCCUCCGGAGUAGCUGGGAUUGCUCAUUUUUGUAUUUUUAGUAGAGACUGGGUUUUGCCAUGUUGGCCAGGCCAGUCUCAAACUCCUGACUUCAGGUGAUCCACCCGCCUUGGCCUCCUAAAGUGCUGGGAUUACAGGUGUGAGCCACCACACCAGCCUGACAAUGUUUUUUAUUUCUAUCACUUCCUUUUGAUUUUUUCUUAUAGCUUCUAUCUCUGCUUAUGUCACCCAUCAUUCUUGCAUGUUGUAUGCUUUUCACAUUAGAGCCUUUUGCUUGUUAAUCAGUUACUUUAAAUUUAUGAUCUGAUAAUUCUAAAAUGUCUACCAUAUCUGAGUCUGGUUUUGAUGCUUGUCUUUCCAGACCGUUUUUUUGUCUUUUAGCAUGCCUUGUAAUUUUUUGUUGAUAGCUAGACAUGAUGUAUUGGAUAAAUAAGCAGGUAAACUAAGGUAGCAUGAGGUUUUAAAAUCUGGGUAGGGCUAUUGUUUGCUGUAGUGUAGCUAUUAUAGGCUAAAUUUUCCUCUAGUGUCCUUGCUAUUGUCUCCCCUGUUAUCUUUGAGUUUCCCUAGAGAUUCCUUCUUAUAUAGAGUAUGAAGCUUGCAGUUUUUUUCACCUGUAAUUCCCUGUUAUUAUACAGUAGCCUAAUUGAUGUGAUAAAGUAUGGGAGAAGGUAUGUUCUAUAGUUCUGUGAUUAAGUCUCAGUCAGUUAAGUCAGCCUGUGCUCCUGCUGUGACCUUCACAAGUGCUUUCAGCUUUUCUUUUGUCCCUUUGGUGAGACAGGAAGGCUAGAGGAGGCUGGAGCUGGGUACUUCCUUUCCCCCAGGUCAGCUAGGCUCUGGUAAAAUAGUUUCCCUUGAGAGCUGGAAUUGAAUGCUUGGGCAUAUUUCAAAAUGAUUACUUUCCCCAUCCUCGUACCAGAAGAAGGGAUUUUUCUCUGAUCCUCACCCUGAGAACCUGGUAGGUAUCCUGGAGGUAAAAACUAUGAAAGUGUGGUGUCUCCCCUAGGAGUGGGCCCCCUUGAGUUGGUUUAAUUUAACAAAGUUUAAUUGAGCAAAGAACAAUUUAGGCAGCUCCCAGAAGCAGUGUAGGUUCAGAGUGAUGGCAGGGUUGCCACACCUGGUGAGAUAACGGUUAUGGACAGAUUCCUGGAGCAUUUGAUUUUUUUUUUUUUUUUUGAGACAGAGUCUCACUCUUAUUGCCUAAGCUGGAGUGCAAUGGCACGAUCUUGGCUCACUGCAACCUCUGCCUCCUGGGUUAAAGUGAUUCUCCUGCCUCAGCCUCCCAAGUAGCUGGGAUUAGAGGCAUGCAUCACCACGCCCAGCUGGGAUUACAGGCAUGCACCACCAUGCCCAGCUAAUUUUUAUAUUUUUAGUAAAGAUAGAGCUUCACCAUGUUGGCCAGGCUGGUCUCGAACUCCUGACCUGAGGUGAUCCAUCCGCCUCAGCCUCCCAAAGUGCUGGGAUUACCAGUGUGAGCCACUGCACCAGGCUGGAGCUUUUGAUUCUUAAGUCCAUCCACAUGGAGCCUCCAGCAACUCAGGAAUUAUAGCAUAAAUGUUCCUACUGGUACUGGCUCCAGCAAAAGGCUUCUGCUCCCUGUAAGCUGUGGUUCUUUGUAUUUGCAUUUCUAAUUUGUGAGGCAUUUUCUCUUUAACCUUAAUUCUAUAAUGGAUCUAAGUGUUGUUGAUUUUUCAGUUUAUUCAGCUUUAUUCUUAUUGUGAGGAUGGGAAUGAUGACUUCCAAUCUCUUUAUAUUAGAACAUAUAAAUCAGACUAGAGACUGGAAAUUUUUGUUGUUGUUGUUGUUGAGUUUUUUGUUUUGUUUUGUUUUUAGACAGGGUCUUGCUCUCUCAUCCAGGCUGGAGUUCCGCGAUGUGACCAUGCUCACUGCAGCCUCGACUUUCCAGGCUCAGGUAAUCCUCCCACCUCAGCUUCCUUAGUAGCUAGGACCGCAGGCAUGCACCACCAUGAUGCCUGGCUAGUUUUUUUAUUUUGUAUUUUUUGUAGACACGGAGUCUUGCUACAUUGGCCAGGCUGGGUAUUACUGGGUGUUUCUUUCUUUCCUCCUUUAUUUCUUUCCAUAUUUACUUAUUCAAUGAAUAUUUGAGUGCUUAUUAUAUACCAGGCACUGUUCUAGGCACUAGGGAUAUAGGGAUACAGCAAUGAAAAAAAAAAGAUAAAUAUUUUGUCCUUAGAAAAUUUGUAUUCUAGAGUAGGGAGACAUAAUGAACAAAUGAAAAGUAAAACAGGCAUCAGAUGGUGAUAGGUAGUAAGGAGAAAAAGAGGUAAGGGUGAUAGGGAAUACUGGGUACUAGAUGGGGUACAGAUAUUUUAAACAGAGUGGUGAGAAAUAAUUAAUACAACUAGCAACAUAAAAAAGGAGGAAAAUAAAAGUGCCAACUGUUUUAGGAAGAUAAAUCCUUCAUAGACCCAAAGAAGCUCACAACUUAGAUCGAAACUGGUUUCUGCAAAAAGGGGAAAAUACGAUUGACUUGGUUAAAUAUUCUGUAUUAAAUUUUAUUGAAUUCAUCUUUAGAAAAAUUUCAUAGAUAGAACAGGCCUUACCCUUUUUGCACAUAUAUACAUAUAUGCCACCUUUGCAGUGGCAACAUAUAUAGCCACACUAUAAACAUAUCACAUUUAUAAAGCAAUAGUAAGGACAAGAAAUGGAGCUGAAUAAGUACCCCCCAACAUACACAAGAAAGUUAGCAUACUUACCCCGUUUUUCACUACAUCAGAGGCAAAAUAAGAAAUCUUUUAAGAAAAUCUCAACAAGACAGGCUCAUGGCAAAAUGAAUAUGCUAAAUUUGGGGGUUGGUUUAAGCAUGGUAUGUGUCAGGUAAUUUUGUGAUUACCAAAAAGUUUUCACUUGAAAACUAAGACCUUUGCUGUUUAUUUCACAAUGUGAAAUCAAUAGAACCUGAAGAUACAAAUCUCUGUAGUGAUAUUCUGUAUGUACUCAUUUUUACACAUUUUUGAAUGCAAUUUUGCUAAGGAAGGAAAGCUUACAGAUGAAUAAAAUGUAAUUGGGAAGAGUAGCCAUAAAAAUCAAUGAACUAAGAGGCUGGGCAAGAAGAGCCUCUGUAAUACUAAUACGCUGAAUGGCUAAUAAGUCACUUCAUUUCAGUGAAACAAAUACCUAAAUUCUUUUAAGAAUUAACAGGCUUGAUGUUCAGGUCUGCUUUUGGCAAAUGGGUAUUUAAAUACUCCAGGAAGGUAAGAGCCAGAAAACAGGAAGGUAACUAUGCUUUUAGAAAUAUGUUUACUUAGAUUCUCCCAAGGUUUAUACUUACAGGUAAGCUUAUAACAAUAGCUCAAAUACCUGCAUAGGAGAAGGAAAUCUCAAGGGAAAACAGUUAAUUUUAAAGUUAUUUUAAAAACAAAAUCCAACACCAUAGAUCAGAGUUCAUGCUAGGAUUAUCAUUUCAAAAAUAAUGACUCAUCCAACAGAUAUAGAAUAAUAGCACUAUUAAGAUGUUUAAGAGUAAAGCACAAACCAUGUAUAUACCAAGACUUAGCUAAUUCUCUGAGAGUUAUAACUUAAGACAAUAAAAUAAUUAAAAGUAGUGUUAACAUUAAAUAGAAUGCAAAUCUCUAUAGAUGGUUUCCUGGGAAAGUAGUUUUGAUAAGCUUUCCUAGCAUUGAUCAUCUUCAAAAAGCAUCAAUAAACAGUCCAUGUCACUUGCUUUAGUUUGUUUGGGCCUACUAAUUGCUCCAACACUUCUCGUGAAUGAUCUAUAAAAGAAAACAAUGACAAGAUAUUAAUUGACAAUAAUAAAUGUUUAAUAUUUCCUCAUGUCUAACUGGAGAUGAUGUUAAUACACAGUUAUUUAAAGGAUUAAAGGAGGUGAUCUAUAAAGCACAGUAUACAACUAACUUGCUAAUAAUUAAUGGUAGCCCUUACUAUUAUUAGGUGUAGUGCACCUAUCACAGUAUUACUUGUUUAAAAAAAAAAAAAACUGGCAUUUGUUGUUUUCUGUGUAAUUUCAUCAUAAUUCCACCAACCAGAGUAAUGGUGUAAUUUCACCAUUAACCUGUGUUAAUGGUUAAUAACUUUUUUCGGGAUCUUAGCUGGAAAUAGAUGAUUCACUAAAGUGGAGUGACUGAACAGCAUUUAAUUAAGGGAAUAUUUACCAAAAAAGUAGGAUUAAAGAAAGCCAAUAAACCACCUUGGGAAGCUGCAACACACCCAAAGGGUUAGAGGAGGUAGUAGUCACCAGAACGUGACAAGUUGACCUGUAGUUGAACAUUUUUCCAUGUCUGUAUAAUACUAUUAUAAAAUAUGAUUUAAAAUAGAUAACCAUUAUAUAAAUACACUGUAAUUUAACCGAUCUAUAUUAUUGGACAUUUAGAUGUGUUCAGUUUUUCACAAUGUACAGUCAUGAUUUUGAUAUGGUUUCCAUCCUAGUUUUAGGAUGUCUUUAAAAAAUCUGAAUUAAAGCAAAAAUACUGAUAAAA